AUGACAAAAUCCAAAAGGCAGUCUAAGAAGCCUUUGCAGAGAAGUUACAACAACUACCUACUUCCAGAAGAAUACUUUACAAGCCUUGACUCUCUUCCUACUAAUAUUGCUAACCUUUACCCAGCAGUAAGAGAUCUAUUCCCAAUUACUGAUAGAAAAUGCCUAAGAGAAUUAGGCUACUACAAAAGGCAACUGAGCCUAUAUUACGAGUGUACCAAAAUCUCACCCCACUUCUUUGAAUUACCACCACCAAAAGCUCGCCUACCAUUAGCAUAUCAAGACCUUAGUCCCAAAUAUAGGAGGCACUUCCCUAUUGAUCCAAAUAACAUUCAUGACAACACACAAAAAAUUCUAGAAAAACUACGAGAAGAAUAUACCUUCAAAAACUUACCAAAUAACUACUACCAACAGGAAGCUAUUGACUUCAUCGAUGAUAUUAGCUCAAUAUAUAAGUUCAAUCAACCUUUAUCUCCAGAAAUUAUGACAGUCAACCCUACAGAAAAGCCUGACCUCCCGAACGACCCACAAUUAAUCACUAAAUACAGCAUAUUAACCCCUAUCACAUCUACCAAAACCCUAACUGAG